UACCGAAACUCUCUCACCACCACAAAACCAUUGAGACUAUACAAUUUCAUAAAUUCUCUCACGUUUAGCAGUGGACUAACUCCCACCGCUCACCGCCCAAAAAAAAAAAAAAAAACCCACAUUUUCGCUUCUUCAUUCGCCUGUACAAUUUUUCCCCCUAUUUUUAGAGAUUAAAUUUACGAUUUUACUGCCGCUUGUGUUGUGGGGUUGGCCAUAUUGUAGAAAUUAAAUAUUAUUAUUUGGAUUCUAUGAGAAAAUGAUUGCAAUUGGAGGGGGAUCAGCAACAGUGGCUGGGGGCACAUCAUCACCGUCAUCAUCGUCUCGGGGGUUUGGUGUUGGGAUCAAACCAUCUUAUUCGUUUCUGUCUUCGUCUUCUUCUUCAUUCAACCCUGGGUUUUUGAGAUUUUCCGAUUCCGGCUCUGUACAUAGUUGUUUAAGUUCGAGGGGGUCUGUUCGAAUCAAAGCCAUGGAAGGGUCCACAACUGUGACUGUGAAUGAGACCGACUUGAACACCAAUGGCCAUGCUGGGAAUCUGGAUCAAAAUCAGAGUCUACUGUCUAGCAUUGGCAAUUCUACCAACAUUAAGUGGCAUGAAUGUUCUGUUAACAAAGUUGAAAGACAGAAGUUGCUGAAACAAAAGGGAUGUGUGAUAUGGAUCACGGGUCUUAGUGCUUCAGGGAAGAGCUCUGUGGCAUGUGCUUUGAGUCAGAUGUUUCACAGCAGGGGGAAGUUGUCUUAUGUCCUUGACGGCGACAAUGUCAGGCAUGGCCUGAAUCGUGACCUUAGCUUUAAAGCAGAAGACCGUGCAGAGAACAUAAGGAGAAUUGGUGAGGUGGCUAAACUCUUUGCAGAUGCUGGAGUUAUUUGCAUUGCUAGUUUAAUUUCUCCGUAUGCAAGAGAUCGAGAUGCCUGCCGAGCAUUGCUACCUGAUGGGGAUUUUAUAGAGGUGUUCAUGGACGUGCCCCUCCAAGUUUGUGAGGAAAGGGACCCUAAAGGCCUCUAUAAGCUUGCCCGUGCAGGAAAGAUCAAAGGUUUUACUGGGAUUGAUGAUCCAUAUGAGCCACCAUUAAAUUCUGAGAUAGUUUUGAAACACAAAGGAGGGGACCGUGACUCACCUAUUGAAAUGGCUGAAGAAGUGAUUUCCUACUUGGAAGAGAAGGGUUUCCUCCAGGCAUGAGGAUGAGCUUCCCUUGUCCGUGUUGGUCAUUUUUUUUAUAUUUAUAAGGGAAUAAUCCAUUGGAGGAAAAACCACUUGUUCCCUGAAUACAAUAACAAUCCUCAGGCGUUCUCUGAUAAAGUCUAAGACAAGAGAGAGGCUAGUUCAUAAGUUAUCGCCUUCUGGCUUUUUAUUUUUUUCCUAAAUUUUUUUCAGUUCAUGUUCGUUGAAAAUUUAGUGUUUGUAAAUAAUGUGGGAUUGUUCUUUCACAAUAUGUCGUCCUACCAGAUCGUGUGCCCUUGAAUGAUAUAAUUAGUUUCUGCAUAUAACUUUAUAAUUAACUGUUUAGAGUUUAUGUUUUAUUUAUUUUAACGUGAAAACAGGGGACAAUCUCUUGCUCUCCUUUUUUCCUCUA